AUGAGAUGGCAAUUGGCAAAGGUGGCUGGCCGAUGGCUGGUCGGGUCGAUAGCUACGACUGGUGGCAGCAGCAGCCUGAAGCAGCGUGGCCAGCGGCAGUGUUGGAUCGAAGCAGCAGUGGGCGUGCGGCUGUGGGUGGUUGAAGCGUCGACCGGUGAUGGAGCUAGUCUAGCUACGGUUAUCGUUGAUGGAGCUGGCGAAAAGCAGCAGCGACGAGGAGCAUCGACAACUAGAGAUGGUUGCGAGCAAAGGCAGCAGGCUGGUUCAACCGGGGAUGCGGUGAUCUUAGAAGAGUUCGGAGUUCAAGCGGGCGUCCUCAUUCAUGGUGGAGAGAAAGGAUCGAGCCAAGUAAAUGAUGGCCCCAAGGGUGGGCCACCUUGCGAAUAUAUUGCAAGUCCAAAUGGAAGCAAGGGUGAUGUCGAGAGGAUGAUGUGGCAACUAACGUUGUUGCCUCAACCCUUUUCUGUUGAGCUGCAUGCAAACUCAAAGUUAAACAGACAGACAUAUAUAUACAUAUAUAGAGAGAGGCAGAGAGAGAUGAUUAUGGAGAAGGAGGCCAUUGAUGCAGAGGCAAUGCAAUUGUUGCAAGGCCAAGCAGAGAUAUGGCAACAGAUGCUGAGCUUUGCGGACUCUAUGGCACUCAAAUCUGCUGUGGAGCUCCGCGUAGCUGACAUCAUUCACUCUCACGGCUGCCCAAUCAGCCUAUCCCAAAUAGCCGCCGGCAUCGACGCUCCUUCCCCGGAUAUCAUUAGCCUGGGCCGCAUCAUGAGAUUUCUGGUCCGGAAAAAGAUCUUCACUGCCAUCAACGGCGGCGGAGAGACCCUCUACGGGCUGACCCCCGCCUCUAAAUUGCUGGUGCGUGAUGCUGAGGUGAGCUUGGCGCCGAUCGUACUGAUGGAGAGCGACCCCAGGGCAAUGGCCCCUUGGCAUUGUUUUAGCAGGUGCGUGCGAGAAGGGGGGACUGCGUUCGAAAAGGCUCACGGCCAAGAGAUAUGGGAGUAUGGUUUUAACAACCCAGAUUUCAGCAAGGUCUUCAACGCUGCAAUGGGAUGUACGGCCAAGGUCACCACUACAGCCAUGGUGGCUGCUUACAGAGAUGGGUUCCGUUCCAUUGGGUCACUGGUGGACGUGGGAGGCGGGAUUGGAACAUCCAUAUCCGAGGUCACCAAGGCCUAUCCACACAUCAAAGCUAUCAACUUUGAUUUGCCGCAUGUGGUGGCCACAGCGCCCGAGUACCCAGGAGUUUCCCAGGUUGGGGGCGACAUGUUCAAGUCUGUUCCUGAGGCUGAUGCAAUUUUCAUGAAGGCGAUCUUGCAUGAUUGGAGCGACGAAGACUGCGUGAAGAUCUUGCAGAACUGCCGUAAGGCGAUACCGGAGAAGACAGGAAAGGUGAUCCUAGUGGAAGUGGUUCUGAAGCCAGAAGGUGAAAGCUUAUUUGACAACACAGGGUUUGUGUUGGAUCUGAUAAUGCUUGCUCACACCUCCGGCGGCAAGGAGAGGACAGAGGCCGAAUGGAAGCAAGUGUUGGAGAAGGGAGGCUUUCCACGCUAUAACAUCAUACGAAUUCCGGCUCUGCCCUGCAUCAUUGAGGCCUAUCCAUGCUAAAAAAAUAUCUAUCUCUUUCAACCCUCUUAUCAUUUGUUUAGCUUAAUUAAUGUCCAGUCUCUGUUUGUUUUUGUCAACCCAACUUUCUAGUAACCAAGCAAAGUGAAUAAAUAUGAACAUAAGAAUGUUCAUAUUAAGUAUUUUAUCUAGAGUUCUCUGCCCCUUUGUCCUUUCCUUCUGAUCACAGUCAAAAACACUUUGUCAGUUCAAUUAAUUUAAAUAUUUUGUAGAA